GUACGCCAAGUUCCAAGAAAGGGAAUACUCGAUGCUCAAGAGGACCAAAUGGGAAACAGCAACGUGUCCAUGUUAAAUCUUGCGAAUGCGACUGCACGUCUUACCCUCGAUGGUCCAAGACAAUGGGCCAAGCUGACGCCCGUCGAUAGAGGGUUUAACGAAAUACGAGAAAUUAAAAUCUUUAAAGACAUACAUAAAAUCGGAAGAGAUUCAAAAAACGAUACGGUAAUAAAGGACGUAGGAAUAAGUCGCAAUCACUGUGUCAUAACAAAGGUGACAAAACAAUUGGAACGAGAUUAUUAUGAGACAACCAUCCAAAAAUGCAGUAGCAAUCCAAGACUUUGGGUGAAUGGUGUUCAGAUCGGAUACCCUUAUACCAUGGUAAUAUCACCUGGCGAUAUCAUCUCCUUCCCGUCACUGGAGCUCGACGCUCACGUGGCAUAUAAAUUCGAAGUGUUGUUGGAUUUGAAUUCUGUGCUAACGAAUUUUAACGAUAAGUAUAGAACCCUGGGUGUUCUUGGACAAGGUGCAUUUGCGCGUGUAACAUGCGUACAACAAUUGUCAACAAGUCGGUUAUACGCGUGUAAGCAGAUACAUACUAGCGUUGUGAGAACCGGAACAAACUUACAGGUGUCUAGUCCACUUGCGAUCGAUAGGGAAAUAAGGAUACUGAAAACUGCCAACCAU